AUGGCCCUGUCAGCGUCGCACGCGCUGACGUCACGGGACAGCUUCUUCCGGCCGCGCUACCUCAAUGAGGCACCGGUGCUGAGCGAGGCGGAGGACCUGCCGCACCUGAGGGAGGUGGAGCUGUGCGUGAACGCGGACCUGGUGCACGUGGAGAACAAGUACGGCGCCUUCCUCUCCCAACCGCACCUCGCCUUCCGCCCCCAACUCUUCUCCUCGCCCCUCUCCGACCGCUCGGCCGUGGGGCCUGGGCGGCCGGGUGCAGGGCGCGAUGGGGAGGACGAUGACGCGGACGUGGAGCCAUAUUUGGAGAACAGGGACCCGGACGACGAGCACUAUGGAGGCCCACCCAUCAUGGCGUACGAGCCUCUGUUCAACUGGGAGACGGACAGAGCUGCUGUGAUCGGCCAGCGCAUGCCCAUCAAGCCCAUUGUCAGCAGCACAGUAGGCACACGCUUCUCUGUGCGAAUACUAUCAUUCAAUGUACCAGCAGGCCUUGUGGAGCCAUUUUAUGGCACCAUCUGUUUGUAUCACACGGAGAAGAGGGAGAAGGUCUCAGAGGACUUCCAUUUCCAGUACCUGCCUCUCUCCUGGGACGGGGAAAGCACGUCCCCCGAGCUGAGGGCGAUAUUCACGGUGGAGAGGGAGGCAGCAGCGCUGUGCCUGCUGGUGCAGGUGGAGCGAGCAGUCACAGAGGAGAGCAUCAACGGCGUCAAGGGCUCCGUGUACACCCGCAAGGACCCUCCCGUUUUGACAGAGAGGGAGGCAUCCCGGCUCUCAGAAUGGGCACAGAGCAUGCCAUUCCGCGAGGCCUUUGCGUUCGCCACCAUCCCCCUCUUCGACUCAGCCGGCACAGGAGGCACCACCGGCUUUGGGAGCAGCAGCACAGGGGGCGGCACACCAGGGGUGCUGGGGGGAGCAGCAGGGGGAGGGACAGGGGAGGGGGCAGGGGGCCCUGGGACGCCAGGGUCUAGCAGUGGGGCGCUGGGGGAAGGGGGGGCUGCGCCGCGGUAUGAGCUGGGGGGCCCUCUGCUGGUGGAUAUCCCGUAUCUGCAGCGCGUGAAGGAGUGCUAUACUGAAGACCAGCUCUUUGACCCAAAGCGCAAGGUGCACAAGCCCGUGCGCAUGUCCAUGCAGGUGGAGGUGGAGCGGCUGCCAGGCAGCACUGCUCUCUCCCACUCCGCCCAGGGGGGCCCUGCAGGGACCAGCACCCCGUACAGCCAGGCCAUGGGUCACACGCGGUCAAUGGAGUCAAUGGGGUCAGAUGCAGACGAAGUGGGCGGGCUCAGUCGCACCUUCUCCAUCUCUCGCUUGCUCAACGGGUUCCACGCACUGGACUUCACGGACAUGACACGUGCGGAGCCGUUCACCCACUUGGAACACCUGGCGUUUGUGUACCCACACAGCGUGACACUCCCCAAGAAGCUCAACCUCUUCAUGCGCCUCGAGCUCCGCGACGACGACACCGACCUCCAGUCCUCCCGCCCACAGCUCGAGGCCAUAUUCCCCUGGGAGCGGGAGCAUGCAAUGCAGCGAGUGGCGUCGUCACAGGUGGCCAUGGGCAUGCGUCCAUCACUCUUCCAUGACGAGUUCAAGAUCCAGCUGCCCGCCGUGCUGCGCCCCUCCCACCACCUCCUCUUCUCCUUCUUCCACAUCGACCUCGCUGUCAAGGCUGACCGCCCCAAACCUGUUGUGGUUGGCUACUCUGUCAUGCCUCUGUCAGCUGUCACACAGUCGUUCAAGGGCGAGAUGAACCUGCCUAUGUCCAAGGAGCUGCUGCCCAAGUACCUGCACGAGAGCACAAAAGCCAAGCUGACCUACUGGGAGGAGGGCAAGCCUGUCUUCCGCCUGCGCACGCGCCUCUUCUCCUCGCUCCUCCCCCUCUCCGACCGCCUCCGCGACUUCUUCCGCCAGUACGACCGCCACGUGCUCGAGGCCCCUCUGCCUAGGGAGGAUUUGCUGGAGUCGAUCAAUGGGCUGAAAGGCGUGGAUACGGUGGUGCUGCUGCAGUUCCUGUACCCGCUGCUCAACAUGCUGCUCUGCAUGAUUGGGAAUGGCGUUGAGACGCUGCAGGUGGCCGCGUUCCGAGCCACUGUUAACAUUGUGUCCAGAGUGCAGGCGGAGCUGUCACCCAACGUGCCGCGCAACCGCUUCCUGGUGCACUUUGUGGACUUCGUGUUUGACGACCUGGGCCGCCAGCAGCCGCCCGUCUACCCUGGCCUCAGCAACGUCUGGCGCUCCCUCGCCCGCAGCAAGUCCCGGGGCUUUCGAGUAGGUCCGGUGUACAGCGAGGCGCUGUCCAUGGCAUGGUUUGUGCUGGAGCUGGUCGUCAAGUCCAUGGACCUCGAGCUGGCUCAGGUGCCGCAAGGCGAUGAGAUAGCGCGGCUGAGGCUGGAGGACGAGGUGUUUCUGUGCAUCCGGCAGCUGUUUGAGUGCCUGCUGGUCGAGGUGCAGGACAAAGCCGACUCCGACUACCCCCUCGCGCGCCGCCUCACCAACUCCCUCGCCUUCUUCUGCUACGACCUCAUCACUGUCGUCGACCCGCCUCAAGUGUUCGAGCUGGUGGGGUUGUUCCUGUCGCAGCUAGCGGGCAUGUGUCCAACGAACCAGCACUCCCUCAAGCUGCACUUCCUACGCAUCCUCUGCGACCACGACCUCUUUGUUGAGACGCCCGGCCGCGGGCCCACAGAAAAGAACUAUCUGUCGACAGUGCUGGUGAAGGACCUAUUUACAGGCCUGAACCACGACGACCCCAACCAGCGAGCCACGGCAUCGCGUAUGCUGACCUUCCUGCUGGCCAAGCACGAGUACGAUGUGCGCUACCAGCAGGCGGACCUCAAGCUCUACAUCUCGCAGCUCUACUUCCCCAUCGUCACCCAGUUAUUAGACGACCCACGCGUGUUCACGCGCCUGGGGGUGCUGCAGAAGCGGCAGGUGGUGGUGGCGGUACUGGCGGUGCUGAGGCAUGUGGACAGCGAGACGCUGCUCAAGGCGUGGAAGCACAGCGCUGCGCGCACACAGCUCUUCUUCUCACUGCUGCAGGAGUCGCUCUUCCUCUUCCAGUACACGGGCCGCACGGGGGUGAGCACGGGGGAGCUGGGCGCGGUGGUGCGCAACCAUCACAGCCUGGACGGCAAGGGGCGCAAGGGCGGCAGUGAGGGGGAGCUGCCGCCCUUCCCCCUCUACUCCGACCGCAUCUCCCUCUCUGCUAAUGACUCACUUGACAGCAUGGCACUCGCAGAUUCCAAGGGGAGUGGCGAGCGGGAGCAGCUAGUGCGCAAGUACAGCGGUGUAUCCUCCACCGCCGCACCACCACAGACUCCUGCCCGCCCGCCCGUGCCGCUGCGGGAGGAGCUGAGACGGGCCCGGGUGGCGCCGCUGGAAGCCAUGACCAUUCUCAGACAAGGCUUGCCGCCCGCUGCUUCCGAGAAACUGGCCAUGUGGGAGGCAACCAUGGCAGGGUGGGUGUCACUACAGGUGCUGGAGGUGCUGGAGCAGUUCAGUGACCUGGCAGCGGAGGGGCCGGUGGUGACGGACUAUGACACCAUGGACUGCCUCACUGGCCCCAUAUCCGCCCUCCUCAGCAUGCCCCAGCCGGUGUCGUUCUGGGAGGUGUUUGUGCCGGCCUUUGCGGAGAUGCUGCGGCUGCAUGGCAGGGCGAUGCUGGCGAGCAGCAAGGCGAACGAUGCGCGGCUCAAGGACAUGUUUGGGAACCUGCUCAAACGCCUCAUUGUCAAGCCUGAGUUCGUGCGCAAGCGAGCGCUGCUCUGCCUGCUGCUGCUGCUGCGGACAGCUCUGCUGCACAUGGGAAACGUGCACCACCUGAGGGUCAUCCUAACAGUCGCUCUCUCCGAGGUCAUGAUGCAGCUGCGCCUGCUGCAGCGCGGCGCCAGGCCCGGGGAGAUCACCGAGUCUCUCGAGGUGGAGCGGCUGCGCUUCUCAUUGGAGGAGCUAGGCUCGGAAGAGACGUGGUUCGGGCUGCUGGCAGAGAGCGGAUUACCAGACAUGUGCCUGGAAAUCAUGGACAUGCUGCUCACUGUUGUGGACGCUGCCUCGCAGCAUGAGCAGCUGAUGGAGGGCCUCAAGACUUCCAACGACCGGUACGCCAUCGUGGAGAGCUACUACAUCCUGGCGCAGGCGUACGGGCACGUGCCGGACCUGUACAUCAUGUGGAUGCUGCACCUCUGUGAGGCGCACCAGGAGAUGAGCCAGUGGGCCGAGGCCGCCCAGUGCGCUGUGUCCGUGGCGGGGGUGGUCAUCCGGGGUCUGCACGCAUCAACCACGAGAGAGUGCGCGUGGGAAGCGGAGCACCUGGAGCUUCUCUGGCGGGUCUGCCCUCUCGCCCGCCACCAGUGGCGUGCGCGUCCCCCGCGCCCCUCCUCCCGCCCACGCCUCACCAACACCUCCAAGGGCGCUGCAGGCGGAGGGGGCGCGGGCGCGGCAGCAGCAGGGGGAGGGGAGAGCGACUUUGGGGCGACGUGUCUGAACACGGACAGUGCGGUGAAGUACCUGCAGAUGGCGUCCAGCUUCUUUGCCAAGGCCGAGCUCUUCCACUUCUGCGCUGAAAUGCUCUCCCUCACCAUCCCCGUCUUCCGCUUCCGCCGCGACUUCUUCCAGCUGUCCAAGUGUCACACGUCGCUCGCAGGCAUCUAUGACAACGUGCUGGCGCAGGAGCAGAACCCAAUCCCCUUCAAGGACGCAACGUACUAUCGAGUCGGCUUUUAUGGGGAGCGAUUCGGAUACAUUGAUGGCAGCCCCUUGCCAGCCUCAGGUCGCUACAAUGUUCGUUCGUCCUCAUCCAACCAACCUAUCCCCUCGUUAUUGUCAAAUCCUCUUACAAUCUGCACAGCAUCUGCUUCCCAUCCCCACGCUCAUUACCAUGCAAUCCGCUUUCAUUCCCCAUCCACCUGCAGGGCGUUAAUCUACCAGCCAGGUGCCUCUGGAGGUACCGAUACGGCCGGCGACAUUGUGGAGGGGCUGAACCCUGGAGGGGCUGAACCCUGGCUAUGCAACAAGAAGCCUCUUAUCCAUUCACGCCUCGAUGCCAAUCCCAUUGUCAACCGCAGGGAGUUCAUCUACCUGGACCCUAGGGAGGUACGGCUGGGCGACUCAUGGAGAAGCUCAAAUCGCACUAUGACGCGCGCGAGCCCAAUGAGGAGCCCCAUGCCGGCACUUUCCCCUGACCACAUUCAUGCUGAACCACUUUCCCACUGCAGGGAGUCUAUAUACUGGGAGCCUCGGGAGGUAUGGUUGGGAGACAUCAUGGAGAAUCUCAAAUCGCUCUAUGACGCCCGCAAGCCCGACAAGGAACCCCAUGUUCAUACUUUUCCUUUACCAUGCACACGCCGCUCCCCCCCCCUCCCCACUCGUUCAAACCGCAGGGAGUUCAUCUACCGGGAGCCUAGGGAGGUACGGCUGGGAGACAUCAUGGAGAAGCUCAAAUCGCUCUACGAUGCACGGGAGCCCAAUGAGGAGCCCCUCCACGUCAUCCAGGACUCGCGCCAGGUGGACCCUGCCGCCCUCAAGCCCGGCUUCGUCUACAUGCAGAUCACCGCCGUCGAGCCUGUCGUUGGCAUCGGCGACAACCGCUGGCUCGGCCGAACCAUCGACCCAGCCGUGGCCGGAGCUCCGGUGUUCAACUGUUUCUUUUUUGACACGCCGUUCACGCCGAACGGGAAGCAGCAUGGUCGGAUGGAGGACCAGUGGAAGAGACGCACGCUGGUGUACACCCAGAGCACGCUGCCGAGCCUGAUCAGCCGCCAGCCGGUGGUUCGGUCGGAGGUUCGGGAGUACUCGCCGCUGCAAUGUGCCGUGGAGAUCAUUGAAAACAGGUCGCAUGCACUGGAGAUGGAAAUGGCAAGCCAGUUGGGAGCGGCGGGAGGAGCAGGGGGAGGAAUGGGAGGAGCAGGAGGAGGGGGACGCGUGCCACAGGACCCAGCAGCAGUGACGGCACUGAUAGCCGCAGCUGCGACAGCCAGCGGGUCGCUACGGCUGCCUCGGAUACAGACGCUGCAGCGAUUGCUGCAAGGGAGUGUUGCGCUGCAGGUUAAUAGCGGGGUGCUGGGUGUAUGCAUGGCAUUUUAUGAGGCCAAUCCUCAUGGCCUGGAGCCGAGACCCAAGGACCCGUCGAAGCUUCAGUCACCGUCGGGUGUGGAGACAUUGACAGAUGCGAUCGUGAGGUUUGUGGUGGUGUGCAAGCGGGCGGUGGCGGUGCAUGGGCGGGCAGUGACAGAGGUUGAUAGGGAUUUCCAGGAGCAGCUUGAGAGGAGCAUGGAGGAGCUUGAGAGGGAGAUUUCGCCCUUCAUUCCAGUGCUUAGGAAAUGA